AUGGAGGAUUUGGAGUGUCUAAUGGCCCGAGCAGCAGCGCCCAAGGCCUUGAAUGAAUUAAGAAGAGGCCUGCCUAAUGUUUGGAACUUUCCUUG